CUCGCAGCGUCAGUCGAAACACGUCUACAGCCGAACUCGGCCGCGCGGGUCGUAACAAUCCAGCCAUGGCAGCCGGCUUCGUCGGCUCCACGAAGAGCUUCCCCUUCUCCUUCGACGUGGACGUAGAGGAAGAGGAUGGACGAAAUACGCCGCACCUCAACAAGCGAAUAGGUAGCGAGAGCCCCACGAACACGGUGGGGGCGGAGGCGCCCCGGGAGCUCCCCAAUGAGCUGUCGGCGCCCUACGAGGUGCCGCAGUUCCCCAUCGAGCAGAUCGAGAAGAAGCUCCUCAUCCAGAGGCAGCUGAAUGUCAAGGCAGCAGAAUGCGGUCAAUCAGUGCGCUCAUUCGGCGGCAGCGAGGCGGGCGGCGCGGGCGCAGCUGUGUUCGAGGAGGCGGUGCGCCUGCGCCUGCCGGACGAGGAUGAAGCUGACGUUGUACUGCCGCACUUUCAGAGGGUGGCCAUUAGCGGGGAGGAUACUUCUGGGGUCCCGCUAGAAGACUUGCAAGUAGCCUCCACCUACCUGGUGCAGGCGCUGGAGAUCCGCAAGAAGUACAUGGAGAUGUCGGAGCAGAGCUUCUGCAUCACCACCGCGCGGUUCAUACGCAGCAUGGACGUCAAUGCGCCUGCGCACACGCCCAGCUCCAAGAACCCUUGGAGUCAUAUUGCUGAUCACAUCGUCCAUCCUCCAUUCCGGAAAGACAAGGAUCCCUGGGAGGGCCACCUGCCCACCGCUAAGGGCUACACCAUCAAGUCUGACCGCGGCAUCUUCAACCUGUACUGCAGCGGUGACGACGGCCAGGAGAAGCGGGUUCCGUACGAGUACAUCACGCUUGCGCAGUACAUCCAGGAUAUGAACGUCAUGUGUAAUAUGAUCGCUGACGGACCCCUCAAGUCAUUCUGCUACCGCCGUCUGAGCUACCUGUCGUCCAAGUUCCAACUGCACGUACUGCUCAAUGAGCUGAGAGAGCUGGCCUCGCAGAAAGCAGUGCCUCAUAGAGACUUCUACAAUAUUAGAAAAGUGGACACUCACAUCCACGCUGCGUCAUGCAUGAACCAGAAGCACCUACUGCGGUUUAUCAAGAAAACUUUGAAGAAUCACGCCGAUGAGGUGGUGACUCUGCACAAGGGCACACCGAUGACCUUGAAAGCAGUAUUCCAAUCCAUGAACCUGAGCACCUACGAUCUCACUGUCGACAUGUUGGACGUACACGCGGACCGCAACACGUUCCACCGGUUCGACAAGUUCAACGCGAAGUACAACCCCAUUGGCGAGAGCAGGCUGCGCGAGGUGUUCCUCAAAACCGAUAACUACAUGAACGGGAAGUACUUCGCGAGGAUCAUCAAGGAAGUGGCGUCAGACCUGGAGGAGAGCAAGUACCAGAACGCGGAGCUGCGGCUGUCCAUCUACGGGAAGAGCCCGGGCGAGUGGGCCAAUUUGGCCAAGUGGGCCAUCCAGUACAACGUGUAUUCGGACAACGUGCGCUGGCUCAUACAGAUCCCUCGGCUUUACGACAUCUUCAAGUCCAACAAGGUGAUGAACAACUUCCAGGAGUUCCUGAGCAACGUGUUCCUACCGCUGUUCGAGGUCACCAACGAUCCCGACUCCAACAUGGAUCUCCACAAAUUCCUUACUCACGUGAUAGGUUUCGACAGCGUGGACGACGAGUCGAAACCAGAGAACCCGAUCCUAGACCCAGACGUGCGCUCGCCCGAGGAGUGGGACGACGAGGAGAACCCCCCCUACGCCUACUACCUCUACUACAUGUACGCCAACAUGACCGUGCUCAACCAGUUCCGCAAGGAGCAAGGACUAAACACGUUUGUGCUGCGCCCGCAUUGUGGCGAAGCAGGCCCCGUGCAGCACCUGGUCUGCGGCUUCAUGCUAGCUGAGAACAUCUCCCACGGACUGCUGCUGAGGAAGGUACCAGUCCUGCAGUAUCUGUACUACCUGGCUCAGAUCUCCAUCGCCAUGUCUCCGCUGAGCAACAACUCGUUGUUCCUCAACUACCACCGCAACCCGCUGCCGGAGUUCCUGGCCCGCGGACUCAGCAUCACGCUCAGUACUGACGACCCGCUGCAGUUCCACUUCACCAAGGAACCGCUGAUGGAGGAGUACAGCAUUGCAGCGCAAGUGUGGAAGCUCAGCUCGUGCGACAUGUGCGAGCUGGCCAGGAACUCUGUGCUGAUGUCUGGAUUCCCGCACGAGAUGAAGCAGUAUUGGCUGGGCCCCAACUACAUGAAGGAGGGCGUCGCCGGCAACGACAUCACGCGCUCCAACGUCCCAGACAUCCGCAUCUCCUUCCGCUACGAGACGCUGCUCGAUGAACUCACUAAUAUCUUCAAGGAUGGGUUGUCGGCUCGCAGAUAGACAUCCACAAUCACAGCAGUGGAUGGACCAACGAAUAUACCUAAUCAUAUACUAGUAGAUACCUAACAAAAUUUAUUAACUAUAACAACCUUGUAACAAUUUAAAAAUGUUAUAAUUAUAACCUACAGGGCUGCAAUUGUUGCCCCAAAUAUUGAGAAUUUUACCGUUUUGGGCUGGUUGCCUCGGAUUUAUUAUAAACCUUUUAAAAAUCCAAUAUUUUUAGUAACGCUUUUCCUUACAUGUUUAGUUGUGCCGCAAGGUAGUAUCUUGGGGCCCGCGUCCCUUAAAUUAUAUAGCAAUACCUAUAUAUAGGUAUAUUAGGACGAGUUUGUUCAUCAGUAAAUCCCAAUAUUAUAUACACUUUAAAAAAAGUACGUUUCAUGUUUUUCUCAUGCUUGUUGCAUACAAUAGGGAAAGUGUUAGGCGGGUCGUGGCGUGCGAUAGUUUUAAAUACCUGCAAUGUAUUUCACGUAUUCUAUGUAAUCGGAGCAACCAGCUUAAUGUGAUGAUAAGACUUAGAAAUGGGCCCUCAUUGUGAUAUAGAUGGUUAUAUGAGAGAUUGAAGUGCCAUUUCAAUUGUUAGCAUUCACUGGUUCUAUAUACUAUACAUUCAUAUUCUAGGUAGAUCAGAGCAACACGGACCUCAGCAGAGCUAUACACUUUAUUACCUACCAUAGACAUUUUUUUUGUUUUAGUUUUCCCCGAAGGGCAAGGCAAGGGGAACUGUGCCCAUACAGCCAUUUUUUAUGUUUUUUUUUCUUGAUAAUGAAUGAUGACACCUAAGCCCCCACCCUCUUAGCAGACUCCUACUCCGAAUCCCAAACGAGUUAACACAAAAGUCCGCAUAAACUUUCGAGUUAUAAAGCGGCUUGCCGGCACGAAGCGAAAAUAGAUAGGUACACUUUGUUUAUUGAAUAUUCCGAUAUAAUAACACUAUCGCGAAUGUUUACCGACUAACUUAAUGCUACCAUGAACCACAAAACAUUUGUAGGGUCAGGGAAAGUUAUAAGUAGGGUCAUAUGCUGAUUGACGGAAUACUGUGGGAAUACCGUGAUAAAACCACGGUCACACCAUAGACAAUUAGUGUCAAUCAGCGUACGACUCUACAAAUAACGAUCACAAUGCAAUAUUAAUAAGGUCGAUUUUUCUAAUCUUCGUCGGCUACAAUUUUGUCUAUGGCGUAAUCGUUUUACCAGUAUUCCGUCGAUCAGCAUAUGAUCCUAUAAAUAACGAUCAUAAUAUAAUAAUAAUAUGGUCAAUUUUUGUUUGAAUAAAAAGUCAUGAUUGACAAAUGAUUGAUAGAUGUAAUACCUCUCUACUGCUUGUAUUGACUGGUGAUACUUACCUACGGCUUGACUUGUAAGAAAGCUUAUGUUGUGAUUUUGUGAAUAUGUACCAUUUUGUGUUAACAUAAAUCAUUUUUACCUUUAUGUAACCUAAUCAAUUAUUGUUGUUAACUUAAUAUUUACCCAAUUUUGUAACGACUAAGCAUUUGCCACGCAGAAUAUAGUGCGCGUGCGAUAGAGGCGGCGGCACCCGACCUUUUUUUUAAAGCCAUAGAAUAAAAUAAUACUACGUACAGAAAGGACAGUCUCUGCUCCGCACCAAUACGGGCUUGGAGUGAGCUUGGAGUAAGCUUGAUUUUCUUAGUACCGUCUUUAUAUAAUAUUCGAAUUAUUUUUGCAGUUGUUCGGAUUUUUAAGACUUUUAUGCGCCCGCGCCGCUUCCUAACGCAUUCUGUUCCGCGUGGCUUCCUUAUCCUCGCUAAAUAUUAAAAUCUCACUUUUUGUCUAGUACUUACUUAAAUAGUUUAAUUUUAAGCUUGCAAAUCGAAAUGUUUACCUAUAGAAGUUUAUACCAAUAUUUAUAUGGUAAUUAAUUUAAUACUACCACUGAAACUGAAUGUUAUCAUGUUGUUUAAAAUAAAGUUGCUCAUCAACCGAU